UCUUUCUUUGUUUCAACAGUCAAGAUAAUUUUGCUUUUGAUUGAUUUUCUUCCUUUCUCUCUCUUUGCAAAGUCCUCAACAAUUCAACUCUCAUGUCCAUGAUACUUCAACUCUCUUAUACGAGGUUUGGUUUUUGACAUGGGAUUCAACGUUCAAGUUCUUUUGUUGAGAUAUCAUAACCUUUAUACACAUGGGGAAAGCAUCCUUCCCAUCUAAAGCAUUUGGCUUCAAAGGCUGGUGAUUUGCAAUCUUCAUACUUGAAGAUUGUAUGCAUGUAAAUUUGCUGACUUCAAUAACUGCUGCAAUUUUGGAGAUAAACUCUAUCCAUUUGGAUAGAAUUAUGCAAAGGGUUGAUGAUGAUUCUGAUGGGCAGUUACUUUCUCCUUCUUCAACUGAUAUGAGUGAUAGUUUUGACGACCCAGAGGUCGUCCCUCGUGUUGGACAUGAGUACCAGGCAGAAAUUCCACCUGUUGUUUUGAAAGAUGAUUAUUUGCAACAAAUAGAUGAGCCAACUGAUUCAAAGACCAUGAUUAAUCUAUCAAACCGGUUUUCUCUGGGGUUGCACAUUCCACUUAUGUGGGCAAAUACUGUAAUUGAAAAUGUUAAUGGAACUUUAGAGUUUGAGAAUAUUGAAGAGAGCCGGAUUACUUCAAAUGAUGAAAUUUCUGAACCUAAAGAUGCAUCUCUGGGUAGUGUGUUGUGUGAUGGGAAUGAAGCCCUGGGAUAUUCAGACCUUCAAUGCUCAAAUGGAAGUCAUCUGAUGGAUGGUGGUCUAGUCGUACCUCAGGAAUCAAAAAAUAAGUUGGAUCAGGUAGACAGAGGUCUCUGUCUUCUUCCAGGUUCUUUGGGUGAAUCUUGGGUGCAAACUGAAUGUGAGAGUUUUCUCCUAGGUCUAUAUAUUUUUGGAAAAAAUCUUAACCUUGUGAAGAGAUUUGUUGAGAGUAAAGGGAUGGGAGAUGUAUUGUCUUUCUAUUAUGGGCAAUUUUACAGAUCUGAUGGAUAUCGCCGAUGGUUAGAAUGCUGGAAAUUAAGGAGCAAACGGUUUGUGCAUGGACAAAAGAUAUUCACUGGAUGGAGGCUACAGGAAUUGUUAUCAAGACUAGUUUCUCAUGUCUCAGAGGAAUGCAAAAAUAUGUUGCUUGAGGCUUCUAGGAAAUUUGGCGAGGGAAAGAUAUCUUUUGAAGAAUAUGUUUUCACUUUAAAGAAUACUGUUGGCGUCAAGAUGCUCAUUGAAGCAGUAGGUGUUGGUAAAGGGAAGCAAGAUCUCACAGGCACUGCCAUGGAGCCAAUAAAGACCAAUCAUGUGUUUUCUCUUCGUUUUGAAAUACCAGUUGGCAAAGCCUGCUCCUCUCUUAAACCUGCAAACAUUAUAAGAUUUCUAAGAGGAGAUUUCAGGUUAAGUAAAGCCCGAUCAAAUGAUUUAUUCUGGGAAGCUGUUUGGCCUCGUCUUUUAGCAAAAGGAUGGCACUCUGAGCAGCCUAAGGAUCAUGGCUUUUCUGGUUCAAAGAACUCGUUGAUUUUUCUUAUACCUGGUGUUAAGAAGUUCUCUAGAAGGAAACUUGUGAAAGGUGACCACUAUUUUGAUUCCAUUAGUGAUGUGUUGAAUAAAGUCGCAUCAGACCCAGGGCUUCUUGAGCUUGAAAGUGAAGCAGCUAAAGGUGUUGAACAAAAGGAAGAAGAUAAGUUGGACCAACCAAUGAAGCAAGACGCAGAUGGUUUGUCAAAUAAGCAACAUCAUUGUUACCUGCAGCCACGGAAGUCAAAUUACAGUCGACAUCUAAUACAGUUCACAAUUGUAGAUACUAGUUUGUUUCAAGGAGCAGGACGACCUAAAGUGAGAGAGCUUAGAAGUUUACCUGCUGAAAUUUCUACUCUAUCUGCGCCUUCUAAUCUUUCCAGUGAAUCUGAGGAAGAUACAUCUGAUGAUGAAGAAGAUGAAGAAGAAACUAAUACUACCACCACUGCAGAUAACAUGACUGAUAAGGGAGUGUGUGUGGACUCAUCAGAUUGUGCAAAUAGCAUUCUGAAUAAUAGUAUGCCUAACACCCCAAGUUCCACAAAUGUAGCAGUGGAAAAUCACAACACAGGUCCUGUGGACAAGCAGCCACAGCAGCUGGAGUGUAGUAAGUAUGAGUUCUGCCAGAAUGCAAAUGCUGGCCAUUCAAAGUGUUUGGCCUGUGCUAUUGAACCUGAGGAUUUAACAACUUGCAACCAUGGAGAUUCUAGCUGCGGUAUCGACAAUAUCUGUGUGGACCAGAAGCUAGAUGAAAAUGUGUCAGAUUACAGAUCAAACUUGAAUGACGCAUGUGACAUGGUUUAUCAAUUAGGUCCUCCCCAAAGAUCUCCUGCCAGCUCUUUAGCUAAAGGCAGUCCAGAUAGGAGCUAUGAAGAGGAUUGCCUAGAUAGAGAAGUAUCUCCAGAAAAACCUGAACACCAUACAUUGAUAGACUUGAAUUUACCUCAAGUUUCAUCAGAUUUUGGAAAUGAUGAACCAUUCACAGACAUGGUGCAGAAUAGUGACAAUGUGAGUGAGAACAAAUCAUCUACUGUAAUUGAAACCAGCCAUCAGGUUGAAGAGUUGAAGCUUGCUGAUGAUAGGGACAGUAGAGAUAAACAGCUUAUCAUGAACAACCGAAGGCAAAGUACAAGGAACCGACCAUUGACUACAAAAGCACUAGAGGCUUUAGCGUUUGGGUACUUAAGCCCAAAGAGAAAGAGAAAGGACGCUGAGGCUCCUCAGAGUAAGUCGGUGUCAAAAACUUCAAGACGAGUCCGUGGGAAGACUGAUGUUAGUGGGACUCUUAGCAAUGGUGCUGGAACCAAUAAUGCUGACUCCAGAAUAGAGCAGAGCUUGGAUGCAUUAUAUGGUAACACCAACAUAGUUGGUGAGUCUCAAGUCUGAUGGUUGUAGAAAAUGUGCGAGCCAAUCGCUAAAGAGGGGUUUUGCAUUCCAUUUUGGAGGUUUUUUGUUGGGACUAAAUAGUUACAUAACACUGAAAGAAAAACACAGGAAUCCUUCUGUUUGCCCAAGUAGCCCAGACUUGUGACACACGUGGCCAACGUAGUAUAGCAAAUAUCACACGGAUAGGUUUGUAAUACUGAAUUCAGAUGACUUAGAUAGGCCGAAAAUCUUGUUUCAACCAGUCACUUGUUAUCAAAGUUUCCAAAUUUUGCAGUCACAUGACUCACACCAGUACAAAGUUGACUGUUCAUACUCAUCAUUUUGUUGUAAUAAGUAUAUAGCUGUUCUUUUGUCUGUGUUCAAAAAUAAAAGCACGUAGCGGGAGAUACACAUUUUCAGCCUUA